AGUAGGUACCCUAGGUAGUAAGUAUAUAGACUCCCGUCGUCUCUGAAAAACAAAACUUAGCAAAACUUCAAUGUUAUUCACACAUUCACAUCAAUACAAAGAAAAAGCAGGGCUAUUGAAGUUUUCGAUACUUUUUAUGAAAGACAUGGCUCCAAGAGCAUCCCAAUUGGCCAUCCCUUUAUGCCUCAGCUUCGGUAUCCCAAUCGCUCUUUAUAUAAUCUUCAUAUUACUCGGCUCCGUUCCUUUCUUCCAGAGACAUUUCGUGUAUGCCUAUCGAUUCAACACCGUGUUUUGGCAUGACCUCAAUAAACCAGAAUAUUGGGGAUUCGCCAGAAACCAAGUAACACCCUUCUCCUUACCUACCAUCGAUGGAGAGGACGUAUAUGCUUGGCACAUUCUACCACUCCCCACGUACCUCAAACAUGAGGAUAACCUCCAGGCUCAACAAUCCGGCUUUUCUAACGACGUGACCAAAACGGCAUCUUUCAGACUACUCAAGGAUGAUCCUCAUGCUCGACUUGUAAUCUACUUUCACGGUAACGCCGGUCAUGUUGCUCAGGGCUUCCGUCCAGACAGCUAUCACACAUUGACUGACACUUCCUGCUACCAUGUCUUAGCAAUCGACUACCGAGGGUUUGGUAAAUCAACUGGUGUACCAUCAGAGGAAGGGUUAGUUCGCGACGGUGCCACGGCCGUAGAUUGGGCAAUGCAUGUUGCAGGAAUCCCAGCCGACAGAAUUGUUCUAUUGGGACAGAGCCUCGGCACCGCUGUCACAAGUGGCGUAGCAGAACAUUAUGCCAUACAAGGAAUCGAGUUUGCAGGUAUUAUUCUUGCUGCUGGGUUUUCAAGUAUGCCAGCCCUGCUCGCUUCGUACACAGCCGGAGGAGUAAUUCCGGUGCUCUCCCCAAUUCGUCCCAUCCCUCCGUUGCUUCGUUUCUUUCAAAGCUUCAUCGUCGACAAAUGGGAGUCAGCCAGUCGACUCGCUCACGUGGUAAGCUUGACGCGGACGAGACUGCGUCUGACGUUAAUCCAUGCCAAAAACGAUGCGGAGAUACCGUAUCAUGAAAGUGAUGUGUUAUUCAACUCUGCGGCCAGAGCCGUCAUUGAUGAAGACCUAGAUGACGCCGGCUUUUCGUCGUGGAAAGAACAGCAAACCGUGCACAGAGAUGAUGGGACCUUUGUAGCUAUUGUGAGCACCGCGCCCGAUACAAUCAUUCGGGAAGAGGUGGUGCCUUAUGGUGGACACAACGAUAUCAUGAUGUCUUCGGCGGUUUCACUUGCUGUGAUGAGAUCAUUUGGAUUAGAUAUGAAUUAGUCUGGUGUACACGUUGUAUAUACAUACCCUUAGUAGGUAGUAUAACUCAAGGAAGAGGAAGAAGAAGACUAAUGAUAAUAACAAUAAUUUUGUAACAAUAAUUUUGAGCGGUUAACACACACAUUGGGUACUUGUCAUGAUGUAACAUAUGUGCAUAAUAGCAUAUGCAUACAUAGUAUGUAACAUCAAUUGAUAUAACUAACUGGAA